GGAUCAAAGUCCACUUUAAAGUGUCUAGUUUACAAUACACAACAUAUACAGUAUUCAAAAUUACUAUUUUAUUUCAGUCAUAAUCUGACUUGCAACAAGUAUAUUUCUAUUUUCAAUUUCAUAUAUUUUUUAUAAUAAAUAUAUUGCGACAUACUUUUCAGUGCCAAAUUAUUAUAAAUACAAAACGUAACAAUGUUAACUGUGUCAAGAAUUAUUUUACAGGCUCCAAAACAAUUUAAUAAAUUUGUUCAAUUGAAUACAAGAUGUUUAGCAACACAAACAGCUGCAAAAUUAGAAAAACCCGAAACAAAGGAAAAAAAAGAAUCACAAUCGUUUACUAUGAAUAUGUUUCGAGGUCAAUUACAAUUAGAUCAAGUUAUUCCAUUUCCAAAACCGUUAAAUCAAGAUCAAUCGGAAACAUUGAAAAUGCUUAUUGAUCCUUUUUCUAAUUUUUUUAUGGAAGUUAAUGACCCAGUUAAAAAUGACAAUACAGCAAAAGUUGAUGAAAAAACAUUACAAGUAUUAUGGGAUUUAGGAGCAUUUUCAAUUCAAAUACCAGAACAAUACGGCGGUAUUGGUUUAAAUAAUACUCAAUAUGCAAGAUUAGUAGAGAUAGUGGGCCAAAAUGAUUUAGGUCUUGGUAUAGUAUUAGGUGCACAUCAAAGUAUUGGAUUCAAGGGAAUUUUACUGUACGGAACACCGGAACAAAAAGAAAAAUAUCUGACCCGUGUUUCUAAUGGCGAGUACGCAGCAUUCGCAUUAACAGAACCAAGUUUUGGAUCUGAUGCAUCAGCCGUCAAAACCCGCGCUGUCAAAUCUGCUGACGGUACUCACUACGUAAUGAACGGAAGUAAAAUUUGGAUUUCCAAUGGCGGUAUAGCGAACAUUUUUACCGUUUUUGCAAAAGUCCCGAUGAAGGAUCCAGUAACAGGGGAAACUACUGAAAAAGUAACGGCUUUCAUUGUCGAUCGGAAAUUUGAAGGUGUGACAAGUGGCCCACCCGAAGAUAAAAUGGGUAUUAAAUGCAGUAACACAGCCGAAGUUUACUUUGAAGACGUUAAAGUACCAGCUGAAAAUGUACUGGUCGGUGAAGGUCAAGGUUUCAAAGUUGCAAUGAAUAUUUUGAAUAAUGGCAGGUUUGGUAUGGCGGCAGCAUUGUCUGGUACAAUGCAGGCGUGUAUUAAAAAAGCUGUUGAACAUGCCAAUCAACGUGUGCAAUUUGGUAAAACUAUAAACCAAUUUGGUGCAAUACAAGAAAAAAUAGCGCGAAUGUCAAUGCUUCAAUAUGUUACGCAAUCAUUGGCAUACAUGGUUUCGGGUAACAUGGAUUUAGGCAGUCAGGAAUAUCAAUUAGAAGCCGCUAUUUCAAAGGUAUUCGCUUCUGAAUCAGCGUGGUUUGUGUGUGAUGAAGCUAUUCAAAUUCUCGGAGGAAUGGGUUACAUGAAAGGCACCGGAUUGGAACGUGUAAUGCGUGACAUACGUAUUUUCCGAAUUUUCGAAGGAACAAACGACAUUUUACGAUUAUUCAUAGCACUCACUGGUAUACAGUACGCGGGAGGACAUUUACAAGAAUUACAAAAAGCUUUCAAAAAUCCUGCCGCCAAUUUAGGAUUAAUUUUCGAAGAAGCUGCUAAACGUGCUACCAAAGCUGUUGGAUUAGGAUCAGCUCCUAAUUUCGCUCAUUUAUUGCAUCCUUCUCUUGCUGAAAGUGCUAAUUUAACCAGCAAAAGUAUUGAAUCAUUUGGACAAACUGUAGAAGGACUUUUAAUAAAAUACGGACGUGGGAUUGUUAAUGAACAAUUUGUAUUGAACAGACUAGCACAAGCAGCUAUUGAUACCUACACAUCAGUUGUGGUAUUGAGUCGAGCUAGUAAAUCAUUGAAUGACAAAAUACCAAGCGCUGAACAUGAAUCAAUAAUGACUAAAGUUUGGUGCACUGAGGCGGCAAGUCGUACAGCGUACAACUUAAAAGUUGUUAAAUCCGAUAAAUAUUUGGAUACAUUCAAUCAGUUGAAACAUAUAUCAAGAAAUGUAUGUGAGAGUGGUGAAUGCGCACAAAAUACACCAUUGGGUUUUUAAAUAAAUAUUUAAAUAAUUACAUUAUUUAUUAUUAUUAUUUUUCAUAAAUUAUCGAAAAAUAAUAUCUAUUAAUUAUAUGAAGUUGAGAGAAGACUAAAGAGAUUAAAUACGACGUUAAAAAUUAUUUAAAAAUGUGCCUAUUGAUGCCUUCCAAAAUGUUAAUUAUUUUUUUAUAAAAAUUUUAUUCACAGAAAAAAAAAUAAUUCCUUGGCGCGAAAAAGUUUCACUUGACCCAAGAAAAUUUUUACUUGACCCAAGAAAUUUAUGAGUGUGAAUGUAGCAGACAUCAGACGAAUUUUGAAUUAUUAAUAAAUAGAGUAAAUAAUAAGUAAAAUAAAAUUUAAAAAAAUGCGCAUUUAAAAAAUUUUGAAAUUCAUAAGUGCAUUUUUUAUGAAUAUAAUUUUCUUUAUUUUUACUCUAUUUGAAUCGUUUAUUUGAGAAACCCCAUAAGUCGAGAAAACAAAAUUUUUCAGGAAACACAAAAAACAUUUUUUUGGAAAAACUUGACAUUAAAAUAAUAAAUAAAUAAUUGAAUACAAUAAAGUUAGCGUCUUUGAAAAAGAUUCCAACAAGAAAAAUUUAAUUUUUUAACUGAAACUACUUAAAAAAAUUAUUUAAAGUUGAUUGACUUAUGGGGUUUCUCAACCAAACGGAAAAAAGAGUUAUAAAAUCAUUGUUUUUUUAAAUGUUUUCACUCUUCUAAUGAAGAAUUAAAUAUGUAUUUGAACUCUGAAACUCAGAAAUUACAAAAAAUUAUAAUUAAUUUAAAUAUUUUAAUUAGUCAUAUAACAGUCAACAAUUGAAACAAUAUUUGAAAUUAAUUUCCCAAAAAAGUGCGAAUUUUAAAUAAAAAAAAAAAAAUUAUUUCUGUAAAACUAAAACUGCAUAUGUUUAUUUAAGUCAUUGACUUAUGGGGUUUAACAAUUAAAUGAAAUUGCUGUCAACCCGUUAAUUUUUUUUUAAACGCUGAUUUGAUGCAUAUUUUUAUUGAUUUCUAUGGAGGGACAUCCAAAGAACCCAAAAAUUCAAAAAACCCAAUUUCGUAAAAAACAUGACUUAUAGAGUUUCUUAAAUACACGAUUCAUUUAUUUAUAAUUUUAAAUUUGUCUGACGUCUGCUGCAUUCACACCCGUAGAAAUUUUUUCAGUGUGAAUUGAAAGCAAAAAUUUUUUUUAAGCGAGAAAAACUCUUCCUGAGGCAAAAAAAAAUUUUUGCUUCCAAUUCAUAAUUCAAAAUAUUUUUGGCGCCAAGGGAAUAUUUUUUUCUGUAUAUUUAAAUAAAAUGUUAUUGGUAUUAAUAAACAAUGCAAUUUUUAUAAAUUAAAAUGAAUAUUGAAUUACUGUAUAUAUAUAAAUAAAAAUUUGGUAUAGUAAAAAAAUAAAUUUUCUACUUAAAUUUA